AUGUCACGAAGCCCUUGGGCCGAGGUGCUUGCCUCCAUUCACGGCGGCACCACGACCUGGAAGGAGGAAGCAUCUCCGCCAGUCGACGACGAAUGCCUCAUCACAUUCGGGGCGCGGCUCUGUGCGCCGGGCGGUUCGGGGUUCAACUUGUGUGGACCCCCAAAACUGAAGGCAAUUCCGCCGCUUCCUAUCGACCUGCUUACCGCGACCGUCCGUCGGUGUCGUGCUCGCAGUGGCUGGCUGGCUGACUGGCCGGCAGCCGCUGGCGUGCAGCAGACGACAGCAUCCACGGGCUUACGCACCGAGUGGGCUGAGCUCACCCGCGUCGUGAGCGGGCUGACGCAAAAUCCGUCCUACGCUCUCGUGAACCGCGUCGUGGAUUUCGCCUGCCACUGUCUGGUGAAGAUCGACUUCGUCGACGGGAGCGGCCACGCCACGGGCUUCCUCAUCUCCUUGGAUGGCUUCGUGCUCACUUACGCGAAAGACUUCGAAGAGCGUGACCUGACACUGCUGAAGCUGCAGGGGCUGACCGAUGCCCCAUACCUGCAGCCAGUCGACACGCUGCAAUGCGCCGACUCUGUGGCAUUGAUCGGCUUCGGGCUUCACGCGGAGGAUGAACCGCCAACGCCAAUCGUCACCACGAGCUGGGUCAGCAAUGGGGUCGUCCCCGUUGACGCGGACUGGAUCACCAUCGGUACCUACCACAACUACGAGGAGGAGCCGAAGCCGACGAUGCGGUCGGGUGGGCCUGUGAUGGGGCUCAGUGAGGAAAACUUCGUGGGGGUCAUGACGAGCGGCAAAGGCUGCAAGAUGGUCGCUGAGGGGCUGGGAGGGUUCUGCCCCGUGACGGCCAAGUCGGCCAUUUGGGGGGAGAUCGAGAACGAGAUGCAGCGAUGCCGUGAGAAGCAAGUGUACUAUCGAAGGUCAAGGAAGAAGAUGGUGCAGUUGUACUGCGCGAUCGUGAACGUAGCGGCGGGCCCGUUUCCAGUGGAGAUUGACGAAAACGAAAUAGCGGAGAACUUGAAGAAGGAGAAGCUGGGUCAAGUGCAUACAGAAGACCAGAAUGGCCACGUGCAUGUCCUUGUGGAGCUGUCGAAUCUUACGGAGUACAACGUGCCUCAAGGCUGCUUCCUCAUGAGUCGAGACGAGACGGCCAGAUUCCACGGCACAUUGGCGCACCGUCCAGCGUGCUCGCCCAUGGUCCCAGUCCACUCGGUGUCUAAAACCGCGCUCAAAACUAUACUGGAGGGCGACCCGAAAGCAGUCGAUGAAGUUGCUGGUGAGAUUCGGAAGAACAAGUCGUUGAAGUUUCGAAGCGCUGAUGACCUGGUUAGACAUUUCAGUGAAACCAAGGGGGUGAAGGUUACGGUCGAUGCUCAGUUCGCUCAAUUUGCGAGGUAA